CUUUUCUAAUAAAACCAAAAGAAAUUCUUGCAAUUCAUUUAGGUUAAAAUUAUUACAUUAUUAAUAGUUUUAUUGUUUUCCAUAUCAAUUAUGGCCCAAAUAUUCGUUGCAGAAGAUAAUGACAAAUUUCAAGAACGUUUACUAACCGUUAUUACCGAAAACGCAAAUAAUGCAAUUAGUACAAAAGACAAAUUUUAUAUUGGAAUUUCAGGAGGUUCGUGCGUUAAAUACUUAGUUAAGGUAAUACAAGAUACAAAGUCGGAUACAUCGAAAUGGGUAUUCUUUCUUUGCGACGAACGUGUUGUUCAAGAGGAUAGUGCCGAUUCAAAUUAUGGUGCAACGAAAUCAGCAUUAGAAGCUGUAAAUAUAAACAUUCCAGAAUCACAGUUUGUACGAAUUAAGCAGGGCGUUUCAGCUCAAGAAGCAGCAGACGAUUACAUUGCAAAGAUUAAAACAUAUUUUACUAACGAAAGUAUUCCACAAUUUGAUUUAUUAUUCUUGGGAAUGGGACCGGAUGGUCAUACAUGUUCCUUAUUUCCCGGACAUCCCUUAUUAAAUGCUACAAGUAUUGUAGCAUCAAUAACAGAUUCACCUAAACCACCAAGUGAACGGAUAACGCUGACAUUACCCGUCCUUAACAAUGCGAAUUGUGUUUUAUUUGCUGUUGCAGGUGAAGAAAAAGCUCCUAUCGUUAAGAAAAUACUUGUAGAUGGUGAUAAAUCGUUUCCAGCCGCUUUAGUAACAAAUCCUGGAAAAUUAUUAUGGAUAUUGGAUCCUAAAGCUGGAAAAUAUGUUAAAUAAUAAAACUUAUUUAAUUUUUUUAAAUAA